CUUUCUCUUUCUCUCCCUUCUCGUCCUCCCUCCCUCUCCCAAUCCUCGGCCAUUUACUAUUACAACCUUCCCAUGGGUACCCAAAAUAUUGAUCAACACUCUUUAGUGAGAGAGAAAGAAGAAGCUUGUGGAGAAAUAAAGACUUGUCAUGCAUCUGUCAACAUCUCGAUCUCUUCACUCACGCGGACUUCAACGCCAAUUGAUCUCCGCAGUGAUAUGGCCCUAACACAAAAACAACAACAGCAACAUGUAAAAGAAAAUGAUCAGCUGUUGAGGACUUUGGCCUCACAUCUGGAUUUGUUGACCGCUGGAGCACUAUUCCUCUUACCUUCCAUCUUGCCUUUCCUUGCCUCGGCUCUCACCGCCUACACCUACACCUAUCAUAACGGCAGCAGCAGCAGCAGCAGCAACAGCAGUAACAGUAACAAUGCCAAUGUUUCAUCCGAUGAUGUAUCGUCAUCAACGUCAUCCCUAUUGAUGGCUCUAAUUGAAGAGUUAACCGAGCAUUGCACCUGGGGUACCAUCUCGAUCUUGUUGUUACCUUGUAUUGGCAUAAUGAUCCCACUUUCCGCCUUCAGAGUUCUGAGUUUACUCGAAGAAAAGAAUGACCAUGAGAAAAUCCCCUUCCUCUCUCGCUCUCCACUCCGACGGCUUUCUCGAUGGAUGCACUGGCGAUCACAAGAAGAGCAAAAUAACACCGACCCAUUUUUACCCUCGACCACAGCAACAGUCUCAACAACAGCGGCCACGGAUUGCAAACGGAAAACAGGGCCUCGGAGAAGCUCAAUGGAUAAUGAUGGUGAUGUCAGUUAUUGCUGUCAUACUAUGACUUCAACCAAGGUCAACUCUUCUCUCGAUUCGCGCCGAAGGUGGUCCUUCCCAACGAGCAUGAGAGCGUCGACAGGCUUUAGGUUGGGAGACAAUGAUGGUUACCAAUCUUUGAACCUUCGGACUGCGCCAAUGAGCCCAUCAGCACGUGAACAAGCCGAGAAGGAGGGCGAAGCUCGAUCUUGGUCUUUGUUUCUGACGGACAACAACUCAUCUUCACAUAUGGAUGCCGUAGAUGCCACCAACACACCGACUACUCAUCGUCAUCAAGGUCCUCAGUUCUCGAAGCUUCCACGGCCCAGGACGAUCCUUUUGACAGGUCUUGGGAUUUGGACAAUCUUGAUGAUCGUCUCUUCUCUCCUGGGUAUCAAUACCAUCAUUCCCAUGGAUUCUUCUCUUUCAUCAUCAUCUUCUACUUCUGCUUCUUCCCAUCCUUCACCUGCAUCGCCCGUUGUACCAGCCUCACUUAUUAUGGGCUUUAAUCAAGACAGUGCCGUCACCAUCCAUGAUGAUGAAGAGGGAGGAUUCGCGAUGGCCGAGGAUGUGGAAGACGAGAAUGAUGAUGAUAUGGACGUGGGUGGUGGUGAAUUCAUGAAAGAGCUGGCAUCCAUGUUGGAGCUCAACAUGGAUCUCAAUGAGCCGAUCGAUAAUAAGCAAGAUGAUCCUAUUCAAAAGUCCAGUGAUCAGUCAGCCUGGUCUGUAGACGAGGAUGAGGGUAUCAAUAAUAUUCGAACUGAGGAAGCCUUCGCGACCUUUAGGACGAACAUCAUUAUCGUGGAUAAAUCAAAAGGAGAAAACAAAGACAUGGUAGAAGAGGAGGAAGGAAAGGAAGAGGAAGAGGAAGAUAAGGAGGGUGAUCACCAUUUCCAUGCCCGUGUCCCUAAUGGCCACUAUUACGAAGAUGUGGACUUUCAAGAUGUAGAAGACUUUUUGGACCCAGAUUCCCUGGACGCCUUGACCUUGGACCCCAAGGAUGCGGAUGUCUUUCAGAAUUUCCUUGCUCAUCUGGAAAAAGACGAGGCCUUGUCCCAGCGUCGGAAACAAGAACAGCUGAUCGACUCGGUAUUCCAACAUGCUCUCCCUUGUGGCUCUUCUGCGGGCAUGCCGGCCUCUUCUCCUAUUUGGACCAUUGACCUGCCACGAAUGAUUCGAAAGAUCUGGAAUAGUGCCACAGAGGGAUCCGAACGGUUGUCGACGCGGCAAGGAACCCAAAAUGGUGAACCUCUGCAAGCUCGUGUCUUUGAGUAUGUUCAAGGAUGGACCGAGUUGGCUAUCCUGAUCGUUGCCAUGUGUAUGGGUAGUCUCUUGGUCGGAUUCGUACAGGCCAAGGCGUUGUAUUAUCAAAUCUUGGAGCGACAUCAAUUACUUUUGGAAUCCAACUGGAAGGAUUGUUGGGAGGAGGAUGAGGAUGAGGCUAUCAUUAAGAACGGCUUCCGUACAAGCUCCAGACGGGCCACGUGGACCACAAAGUUGUCUUGCAUCGCAUUGUCAGCAUCUGCUCUAUGCCUUACCUUGCUGGUGAUGUUUGCAGAAUGCUGGGAUAUCCCCUCAGUCUAUUUCGCUGGCAUCGGUAUCGCUGGCAUCAUCCUUGUCAAUGCCUGGGUUCCUGAUAUGGCAUUGCAGGUCCAUUUCAAAAAAGACAACUACUACUACAACGACAGUGAAGAGGCCGAUGAAAAACCAAUAUGGGUUCCUAUGCCUAUGAGUGAACGCCGUAAUGCCUGUUCCCUUGAUGAGAGUCGAAGAUGGGAUAUGACCCUCAGCCAUUAAGCCGCAAGGCUACUUUUAUCUUUUGUUUUUUUUUUUUUU